CAGAUGGCUGUGGCUGACUUUCUCUCCAGAAAUCGGAGGUGGGGGGAGUUGGCAGGCCAGAUGUUGCCCUGGCCUGAGUCGGCCAGUGGGGAUAUGUGGUGAUGGUGGCAUGGUCAUGUAUCUGUCUGCAGGAGAGAGAGAGAGUGAUCCUUCCUGUGUCCCUGUCUCCGACAACAACUGUGACUUGAAACAAAGCAUUUAUGCCACGGUUGUUGGCAGACUACCGUCUACAGAAUGUGUUUGGAGCCUAACAAGGAUUCAGGUUUAGAAGAAGUGCAGGAGAAGCUCUGACAGUUUGAAAAGAAAGUACAUUCAGAAAUAAGAGGAUGAUCAUGAAGUUAUCAGUGUCCGUCGUGGCCCUGAUGGCAUUACUGGUGUCCCGGGCUCAGGCAUUUGUGUCAGUUGGGGGUAACGGAAACACUCAUGUGAGCAUCACUGGUAGUGCUGUAAUGGCAAAGAUCUAUGAGGUGUGUGAAGCAGUGGCUGAAUCUGAGGAAAGAGAAUUCAAACCAACAGGUUCAUCAGUAGAAGAGCUACUGCGGGCCUGCUUAGGCACAGCUACAGGUGAGGUUUCGGGUGCCAAGUUCCGUACAGCACUAAAUCAGAUCUACAUGCAGAACGGCUAUGUGGACCGUGACUUCAUGGGCAGUGCACCACACCACUUUAAUAAUGAGGCUUUCAACGAGGGACGCAACCUCAUAAGUCAGGGGACAGCAGCCAUUAAAGCUAAUGUCCGCAAUGACAACCUACAAUCUGCCAGAGAAACACUGGGGCGAGUGUGUCACACGCUGCAGGAUUUUUACAGCCACAGUAACUGGGUUGAACUAGGUAACAAAAGUCCAUAUGCCAACCUCAUCAGACCGGAUCUCAACAUUGAGAACAUUGCAGAUGUUACAAUGCCAACAUGCAGUGAUUGUGCCAGUGGCAGCUGUCCAAACCCUCUUCUGCCUGCCAUUCUGAAUGGGAAGUAUCUCACUUCAGGAUACAUGGGCUUGUUCUCCUCUGACAAACCUCAGGGUAAAUGUAGCCAUGGUGGGGAUACUGAUCUCAGCAGUAGCCAGAAUCCUCGUGGUGGGAUCAGUAAAGAUGAGCGCCUUUCCUAUAAUUCUGAGCUACACAAUAGUGCUGUAAAUCUGGCAUCUGAGGCCACCCUGGACCUGCUAGAAGAUAUCCGUGGUGCCAUUGGCAACAAGGACUACCUUCGGCUGAUGGGUAUUGCACGAUCUGCAGUGCUGGCCUUUGUCAUUGACACCACAGGCAGUAUGUCAAAUGACAUUGCAGAGGCCAAAAGAGUCGCUUACAACAUCAUCGACAGCAAGAAAGGAACUCAAGAUGAACCAUCUGAAUAUAUUCUGGUGCCGUUUAAUGAUCCAGAUUUUGGACCACUAAUAAGGACCACAGAUCCAGAUGUGAUGAAGUCAGAGAUCUCCAAGCUCAAUGCUGCAGGGGGUGGGGACAUCCCAGAAAUGUGUCUGUCAGCUCUUCAGUUGGCUCUUACAGGCGCUCCCUCCUCCUCGCAUAUAUAUGUGUUCACAGAUGCCACAGCUAAGGAUACAUUCCUAGAGAAAACCAUCACCGCCUUGAUCCGCAGCACCAAGUCAACGGUGUCUUUCUUCAUGACAUCAACAAAGAGGACGAGAAGGGCGUUAAAUGUACAGCCACGCUCACAGUUUCAGAUGUACUAUGACAUGGCCUUGGCCUCUGGUGGUCAAGCUAUUGAAGUCUCAAAGUCCAGCCUCUCUCAAGCCACUGACAUAAUUGUUGACACCUCUACUUCAGCCCUGGUAACAAUUCUGCAGCGUUCCAGGAAUCCAGGACGUGUAGAGAGUUUUCCCUUCCUGCUGGAUGAGUCUGUUUCCAACACUACCAUCUACAUCACAGGGAGUGACCUCAUAUUUACCCUACACAGCCCUACAGGUGUGUCUCAGGAUAACAUGGUUGCCAAUGGACCUCUGGGAAUAAUUCAGAAAGUGGGAAACCUGCAACGAAUCCAAUUGAAUGGAACUGACAUCGGCCUGUGGCACAUUGACAUGAAGUCAACACAGUCCUACACCAUUAAAGUAAUUGGUCAGAGUGCAAUUACAUUCAUCUAUGACUUUGUGGAGGAAUUCAAAGGACCACAUCCUGGAUAUGCUGUCAUUGAUGGACGCCCACAAGCAGGUAUACCGGCUAAGCUGUUGCUUACACUGACUGGAGAGAAAGGUCCAGAGGUUCUGGAGGUGCAGGAAGUUGCUUUCGUGGAGGUGUCAGGGCUCAGGGUGUCUAAUGGAACCACAGAGAAAAUGGGUGAUGGAGAUUUCCUAGUUACUAUGAAUGAAGUCCCAGAGGGAGAGUUUGUGGUGUGGCUGAAGGGUAAAGACAUGACCUCCUCUAGUCUUUUCCAGAGACAGAGCACCACACAGAUGUCUCAGUCCAAAGUCACCAUCAAGGCAAUGGCAGACAGCUCCAUGCUGCCAGGACAAGAAUUUAAACUAAACUUUACUAUAACAACCAAUGGAACUGGUGGUGUCUACACAAUUCGUGCAGGGAAUGACAAAAGCAUCCCUAUGAACUUUCCAGGAAUGCUCACCCUAGGAAGUGGAGGCAGUGCUCAAGGGACAGUAUCUCUCACUCCUCCUGCUAACACUGUCUCAGGCACAGACAUUACUCUCACUAUCGAGGCAGAAGGUCCUGGAGGAAGUGACUCUAAUUAUGCUGUGCUUCGCCUUUCUGUCCUCUCCAAGGUGACCGACUUAACACCUCCAAAAUGCGAAGUGGUCGGUGUUCAGGGCAGUUGCUCCUCCUCCUCUUGCAGUUCGUCAAACUGGGAACUGUCUGUCAACAUCACAGAUGGUAAUGGCACAGGUAUCGAGAGCAUUACCAUCCAGCAAGGCAGUGGAAACCUAACUCAGAAGGAAGUGGUAGACGCCAAUGUAACCGUGGUCAUGGGUCUAUAUGAGGCCACAUGUUGCUCACCUUCUGUGACUUUGUCUGCUGUUGACAAGGUGGGAAACGUGGGCAGAUGCACUUACAGCAUGGAGACCAGUGCAGCCUCUCUGCUCAUCAGCAUGUCCCUCCCUCUGUGGGCAUGUCUGCUUGUAUCAUCCAUGAGUUUGCUACGUGAUGCCUUCCCUCUGUGAUGAUACAGAGCACUUCCAACCAAAUACACAAGCAUCCUAUCCAUUGCUUAAUCUUGUCUUAAACCCUCUACAAGCUGUGAAAUAGUGGAAAGUAAAGAACCAUGCUGCUUAUUCAAACUGAAUUAUCAAAAUACAAAUGGAUAUUAUACAAAAUGUGUUUGCUAAUAUAUAAUUUUACUAUUGUCCUGCCCAGAUAAAGAAAGAAUAUUUGAAAUAGUUUUUUAAUGAAUACGUAGACCCAUAGAGCAUUUUUGUUAUACACUAUAAAUAAACUAGUGUUUUUAUUUGCUUUGGAUGAUGUGGUACAUGCUAUCAGAUGAAAUUGCAAUCUAUAAGACAAUCUAAAGCAGCUAUUCAAGUGCUAAAAUAUAAGCUACAUUAUUAAAAUAGUUUUCUCCAUUAAAGCUUUGUCACGAUUUGUAGAGGCAGGACCCAAAUGCAGAGUGAAACAAAGGAAUCAUUAAAGGAAUAGUUCACCCAAAAAUAAACAUUUGCUGAUAAUUUUCGCACCCUCAGGCCAUCCAAGAUGUAUAUGUCCUUCUUUCUUCAUCAGAACAGGAUUUAAGAUUUUUAGGAAAGUAUCCCAGGUUUUUAGCUUCAUCCAAUGCAAGUGAAUGGACACCAAUUUUUGAUGGUCCAAAAAGCAUAUUUAGGCAGCAUCAAAGUAAUCCACAUGCCUCCAGUCGAUUAAGUAAUGUCUUAAGUAAGUAAGUAAAGUUAAUUGAUAUGUUUGUGUGAAAAACAAAUAGCUAAUUAAAAUGUUUUUAACUUUAAAUCGGCCUUUUCGCCAGCUCUCUGUAGCUGUUUGAAUUGACCAAACUCUCACGUGAAGUAGGUUCAUCUGUGGUAAACAGAGCGGAACUUCUGAAUUCUCGUGGGAACGCGCCAACGUGAUGACGUCACACGACAGCGACGUGAGGCAGUGAGUGUUUACAGGAAGCGAUUUUUAAUUUUAAUUAGGGAUUAGGGAUUCGUUUUACACACAAAUGUAUCGAUUCACUUCAGAAGACAUUACUUGGUCGGUUGGAGUCAUAUGGAUUACUUUGAUGCUGACUUAGGGGCCAUUUACACGACAACGUUUUCAACUAAAAACGGAAAACUUUUUAUGCGUUUUGGCUGUUCGUUUACACGACAACUGCGUUUUUGGGGCCUGAAAACGCAAACUUUUGAAUACGGGUUUCAAAGUGCAAGUUUUUGAAAACGAUGCCAUUAUCGUCUCUGUGUAAACAUACAAAAACGCGAAUUUGUGAAAACGAUGACGUCAUGCGUAUACGUAUUACGUGUUAUAUAAAGAAUGAUGGAUUGAUAGGCAUCAAUUUGAGAUGUAUAAUUAUCAAUAUGAAUACUGGUGUCUAUGCAAAUAACAAUAAUCAACAAUUUAUUCAUUUGGAGUGUUUUGUAUGGAGUGUGAACAUUGUACAGUUGGCAGAACCUGCUAUUUGAAAAUCUUGAAAUUAAUGUAUGGAUUCAUAUGGGAAAAAUGUAUUUGUAUUUUAAAUGUUACUUACUUAAUUUUAUUUGUUGUACCUUUACCCUGCAAUUCAUUCACCCACCGCUUAUGUAUAUAGUCUAUAGACAGAGAUGUGAUGCCAUGUACAGUUUUCAAUGAUAUGCUUAGAAUAUGAAAACAUGAGGCAGUGAAAAUGCAGAAGAUCUCCGUCAGAAGAUAUCCAUAUAUAUCAGAGUUCUGUCUGAUAUCCAAAACCAGUCAACAUCAACAGCUUGUUAUGUUAACUUACUCUCCUACCUGCCCAAGAGUCAGCAGGGGGAAUACAGAAGAAGGCAGGAGACGAAGUGAUGGUAAAAAUGAGCAGAGUUUAUUGAAUAAUCUUGAGAGUUCAGUCUAUUACUCAUUCAAACAUUCAAAACUACAGUGGCGGACUACAGGACUGUGUUUGUGCUGUUCAAGAUUUUGAGUUUAUUGACACUUCUCCAGCAAAGUAAUUGUAGUAACAAAGCAACCUCAUCGUCCAUCCAGACAAAAUUGCUCGAUGCUUUCACCAUCUUCAUUGUUUGUAUUCAUCGUUCUGUGGAAGAAUGCUUAUGUGCGCAGGCACGUAGUGUUUCUUUACAAAGUGACGUCGCCAACUACUGGCCUAGCAUGCAUAAUAGUGUUUUUAGUAGUUUUUGCGGAUCCGUGUGAACGGGGAUCGUUUUAACAAUGUUGUCGUCUGUACGCGAAACUUUUCAAAAAAGCGAAGGAAAAACGUUUCCGUUUUUAGUACAUCGUUGUUGUGUAAACGUACCCUAAGUGUGCUUUUUAGACCGUCAAAAAUUGGUGUCUAUUCACUUGCAUUGAAUCGUGUAGUUUUGAACUAUUCCUUUAAUACAAAAAUAAACAAAACCAACACAAACUACCCCAUAGGGGAAAAACACAGUCCAGGAUGGCAGGAACACAGACAAGCUGGGUUGGAUCAAAAGCAGCUGGACAAAAAAAAAUAAAUAAAAUGACAGGGACCGACAAGACGAGAGAACAACAUGAACUGGCACAGGACAGCGCACAUGAGGAGACUAAAAUAGGGAGAGAAAUCAACAGGUUAAUAGGCAGGGCAGGUGAGACAAUGAACUGAUAAUGGGUAAACAAGGAGGCGGGGUAUGACGCAGGAUUGAGAGACACGAGGCAAAACAGAAACAAAACAUGCCACAUGCUCUCACAAAACACAAACACCCCAAUGGCACGAGCGCAUAUCGCCAAGACAAUAAGGCAACAUGUGCUCAUACCAACCGACAGACAGGAAGAGAGAAUGCAUGGUAAAGCCAUCAAAGCAAUGCCAUGCACUCUCACACUAGACAAAGCCUAAGCGUACAUCGCGAGGUAAACACCACGCGAUGCACGCAACAGGCAACAAAACGAGACAAGACACCUGUGCGAGAGUUCGGCCACAAAUAAAACUGACAUCAAAGACAGAAGUGACCGAACCCCAGCACAACGUGAAGACCGCUCGCUACCUGGACGCGCAGCGCAAAGCGCAACAUGAAGUGCGCCCACAGUCGCAAGAGACAGACACAAACAAUUGAUGUGAGUGCAUGCCGCCAAGAUGACAUAAGAGUAAUGCACUCACGCAAAUAAAAGACAAGACAUUGAGCAUGAGUGUCCGGAUCCCGACAACAGAACCGAAACCGAACCAGACAGGAGAGUCAGGAUCCAGACUCCAUGCUCCGAACAUGAAACAUAAAACCGACUGAAGAGCGCAUGGCAGGGAAACCACAACCCGAAGCCGUGUGCUCACACAGAGACAAAAAACAAAACACAACACAGACACAGAACAAGAGUGUCAGGAUCCUGUCACCACAAAAACCCAGACUGUCAAAGUGACAGGAUCCUGACAAGCUUUGAGUCUUUUUUUUUUUUUUUUUAAAUGGUCUUUACUAUUCAACAAGCUAUAUGGUUCCUUCAACUGAAAAUUCAGCUGUUCCAGAAAACAAUAUUCCUACAGAAACAUGCAGUGGACAGCAUAGUUGAAAGCGCAACUGAUCCCCAUCUAAAUUCAAUUUAUUAAAUUAAAUUAAACAUUUUUGUUUGUACAUUUUGGCUUGUGCUGUAUGCACCUCAACUGUAAUCCAUUUUAGAUACUGUAAACUUCAGUUUUGUGACUGUUUUUUUUUUACUGUCUACACUACAGUAACAAACAAUGACAUUGCACUGCCCCCUAGUGCUUUCCCUAUGAAGAUGAGCAUUACAUUAUUGAGAAAGUAUGUACUUAAUUAACUGUCCUAAACAGUAGUCUUGAAAAUAAUGUCAUAAUACAAAAGAUAUUAUUGGUAUUAAAAACAGGCUACAAUAACUUUCUCAUGCAAAAUGUUUAACAUUUAAAUGUUUGAAGUAUUUUAUGAAGUUGGAUAUAAAUUAAUUAAACUUUUUAAGAAACAGCCAUGUUUUGCUUUAUUUUAACAGCUUUGAGUGAAAAGAGGCGAAUAUUUCACAGUUCUCCCUGCAACAGAUGGAACGGCAUUGUUUAGAGGAAUUCUUUAUUGCGUCAUAAUAAGAGAAUGUGAAUAACUUGAGCACAUCUUCAAUCUACUGUCUUUUAGGAUCGUGAGUGGUAGAAAGUCGGUUGGUUAGCAAAACUCGUUUUUCCGUGAACAAAAAUCGUUCACAUUUUCUAGUGGAGUUGUUUUGAAUCUGCUUGGGAUACCACAGCACCGUAUAUAAAUAGUAGAAAUGUGUACGUUAUUAUUGAUGUUCUUGCCCAAUGCCCAUAUCACACCAACGCACAUGCAAUGCUAUUUAUUCAAAACUUUUCUGAAAAUCUUUACCUUAAGUUUUAGUGUAGCUGGUAGCAG